AUGGGUCUACUCACGAUAAUACGGAAGAAUAAAGCGAAAUCAAAGGAAAUGAGAAUCCUCUUCUUGGGACUGGAUAAUGCAGGAAAGACAACGAUAUUGAAGAAAUUGAAUGAUGAGAAUAUAUCUGAUAUUAGUCCUACAUUGGGAUUUAACAUAAAGACGUUGAUAAGGGAUGGAUAUACAUUGAACAUUUGGGACGUAGGAGGACAGCGUACUCUCCGACCAUAUUGGAGAAAUUACUUUGAAUCUACAGACGCGGUAGUUUGGGUGGUAGAUUCCUCAGAUAGGAUGAGGAUGGAUGAUUGUCAGAGCGAACUUAAAGGUUUGUUGAAAGAAGAAAGAUUGGCAGGUGCAACAUUACUUGUAUUUGCGAAUAAACAGGAUCUGCAAGGAUCGAUGACCUUGGAAGAAAUACGAGAUGCACUUGACCUCAAAUCGAUAAUCUCACAUCGAUGGAUCGUCCAUCCAUGUUCGGCAUAUACGGGCAAAGGUUUAGAAGAAGGUAUGAAAUGGUUGAUCAAUGAAGUAGCGGGUAGAUUAUAUUGGAGUGGUAUACAAUCUACAACAACCAGUACGAAUCAAGUUGGUGCCAUAUCACAGGUGGGACCAGUCUCCUAA